UACGUGUGUUGGUCGCGUGAGACUGGGCUAAAACGAAAGGACACUUUCGAAUCCCAUAAUCAGCGCAUACACCGCUGACUGACAGCGGACGUCACUUAAGUCCCCGCGAGGGCGCUGAAUUUUGGGGGUGCAUGUGAUACAAGGGAUUUACUGUCUAGUGCUCCGACUGCAGUUCCCUCAACCAACACUCGAAAAAGUGCGGCGCGAGCAGAAAGAAACGGCAGUCCUCACGCGCUUACACAGACGGAGAUACUCGCAGCGAGACAGUAACAUCCUCAACUACUGCCUCUCAACUUCCAUUUCGGUAGGAUUGUGCGCCUUCUCCGCAGAAUCGGCGCGCGCCAAGGCAGCCCAACCAGCAAAAAGAGCCCUGCUACUGUGGAUACAUAUCCAGGACAGAAGAACUAAAGAGCCGUCAUGAAUUUCGUAAUGAAGGCAGCUUUGGGAGGGGGGCCCCCUGACGUAGGUAAGAUGCUUGGCGGAGAGGAGGACAAGGACCCCGAGGCGGAGAAAGAGAAAGAGGAGGAGAGGCAGGAAGCUCUGCGGCAGCAGGAGGAGGAGAGGAAAGCCAAAUACGCCAAGAUGGAGGCGGAGCGGGAGGUCCUGAGGCAGGGCAUCAGAGACAAGUACGGCCUAAAGAAGAAGGAGGAGGCAGAGGCCGAGGCUCAGGCAGCCAUGGACGCGGCGAGCGAGGGGAGUCUGACACGCCCCAAGAAAGCCGUGCCGUCUGGCUGCGGAGAUGAAGACGAGGAGGAGGAGAGCAUCAUGGAUACAGUGAUGAAGUUCCUCCCUGGACCACUGCAGGACAUGCUGAAGAAGUAACUCGCUGUGUCGCACAGGUUUAGGCGUCAUUAUAAUUUAAUGUGCGCUUCCACUUUUGACCACAAGAGGGCAAUAGGCUGCAAUAGGCUACACAUGACUACACCGUCUUUUGAUUUGUAAAUACACUUAGCAGCUGAUUCUAGAUGACAAGCAGUACAGGAAACUCCAGAAUAUAAGCCAUAUUUGAUCUUCAAAGGGAAAUACUGAACCUUUUCAUUCAAGUCGUUAUGUAGUUUCUUGUCAUUUACUCACAAAAGUGGGCUACAGUGUAUGCAUGAAAUGUGGCUUACAUGUCUACCGUCACUCAUGAAUCGUUUGCGAGCAAGAUCUCCUGUAUGUCUAAACGCUGUCGUUUACCUAAUGUGGAAACCAAACAUUACUGCAAACACUUUAAUUCAUGCAUGUUUCCAUUACAGAUGUUGUUUGCUAGAAAAAAGGGAUUUCUUGAGCAAAGGGUGCGAGUAACAUGUAGAAGGCAAUACAUUUUUCAUAAACUAAGAAUUUAUGUGCAUCGCUGAACAAAGUUCAUUUGGGCUUCAGAUUAAACUCAGUGGAAUACAUCUGGGUCACAUGAACCCCGGCACACAGCGCAGAUACAAAAAUAUGGGUAAUUCUUCUCACUGGAAGGUGUAGGAUCCACGCGAAGGCGAAACGAUUACAGAACUGCGUGGCUGAGUGCGAUGAGCGUAAGGGGCUUGGAGCUGACGCGCCCCCUUCGGACUGUUCUCUGGAUCUCUGGAUCUCUGGAAAGCUCUUCUGCACAGUUUUCUGGAACAUUCACAGCAAUAACAACUUCUGCUUGCUUGGCUUGUGAACACCGACGAUUAAUAAACGCGACGGGAGUGAACCGUGAUGGCAGUCACGGUAACGUGACCGGCGGAGUGAGCAGGCAGAAAUAACAUCAAUGCAAUAGAACCGAUUCGCCCACCAGUUAUGUAAAGUCACUGACUGUGUUCCCAACAUUGAAUGUGCUUCCUUAACUUAUGCCUUUAAUGACUGUUUAAAAAAAAACUAAUGUAUUUGUGUCAGUUCCAUUAAACACAGCCCUAAAAUUCUGUUUCA